AUGUUGCACGUCCUGUUAUUUCUGACAGCCGUACUACAAUGCCACGCAAAGCGUCCCAACAUAGUGAUGAUCCUGGUCGAUGACUUGGGAUGGGGAGACGUCAGUUUCCAUGGAUCCACCCAAAUACCGACACCAAAUAUCGACGUUCUGGCGGGAGACGGUGUCAUUCUCAACAACUAUUACUCGCUGCCGCUCUGCACCCCAUCGAGAUCAGCCCUGAUGACGGGGUUUUAUCCAAUUCACACGGGCAUGCAGGCUUACGUUAUUCAAGACGCUGGGCCAUGGGGUCUGCCGCUGGAAAUAAAAAUUAUGCCACAGCAUUUCAAAGAUUUAGGCUAUCAAGUGAACAUGAUUGGCAAGUGGCACCUGGGAUUUUUUCAGACACCAUACACGCCCCCCAAAAGAGGGUUCGAGAGCUUCUUUGGCUAUUACACGGGUGAAAAUGAUUACUACGACCACACCGCUGGAACUGACCACAUUGGACUCGACUUCAGAGACAACGCGACGCCGGUGUUCAAUGAAACUGGGCAUUACAGUACCGAUCUUUUCACCGAGAGAUUCGAUUAUCUCGUUGCAAACCGCGACAAAUCAAAGCCCUUCUUCUGCUACUUCAGUUACCAGGCAGUGCACGCUGCAUUGAUGAACGUACCUUUCCAAGCUCCUGAACGCAACGUACUCAAGUUUCCUUAUAUAGGAGAGACAAACAGGACUCUUUAUGCCGGAAUGUUAGACGCCCUUGACGAAUCCAUCGGAAGAGUCGUGGAAAUCCUGGGCAACGCUGGCAUGCUCGAGGACACCAUCAUCGCAUUCAGUUCUGACAACGGCGGAUUACCUUACGGUGCCCACUCCAAUCGGGGCUUCAACUGGCCGCUGCGGGGAGCUAAGUUCACUCUUUGGGAAGGCGGCGUCCGAGUUCCGGCAUUUGUUUGGAGCUCAAGGUUCCUGAAGAAGCCCCGUGUCUCCGACCAGCUCAUGCACAUCAGCGACUGGCUUCCGACGCUGUACUCAGCAGCAGGUGGUGACGUGUCGAAUCUGGGAUCAAUGGACGGAACCGACAUGUGGCGAUAUUUAACCCUGGGCUUUGGUUCUAGUCGCAAGGAAGUUCUCCUCACCAUUGAUCCAAUGGAGAACCUCGCAGGACUGCGGUACAAGAACUACAAACUCGUGGUGGGCGAAGGGUUCGACGAAGAACUGGACGAUCGCUAUUCUUUCCCCGGAGGCUCGCGUCCCACAAAUGACGUCCCCCAGCUGAGGAAGGACUCGAGAGUGGCACGGGUGCUCAAGACAUUCUACAGGAAACAGAAUCGGGAUUGGUCUCCUCUGGACUGGAGCAAGAAUCCCGUCGUAGACUGCCGCGAACGCUGGCUGACCAACAACUUCGUGGCUCUUCAGCCACCGUACCUGUUCGACCUUGCGCGAGAUCCCUGCGAGCUCAACAAUUUGGCAGGAUCUCAACCAAUUAUAGCACAAACACGAGUAGUUGAGUGCGACCCCAGAAGAGGUUUCACUAGUUUCGAAGCCAGUGAAAAUUGCAUAAUUGGAAUCGGACAUCUCCAGGGCCUCAUACUUCGCUUCAUGAUGCGCAAGUUGGCUGCCUACAACGCCACCGCAGUGCCACCUCGUUUUCUGCCCGAGGAUCCCAGGGCGUAUCCCGAGUAUCACGGCGGCGUCUGGUCUCCCUGGCUAGACUAA